AUGCGCGGAGAAGCAGGAGAGUUAGCCGUAAGCAGUGGAGAGAUCGCCACCGGAGCAUUGUCGCCUGAAAAACAGCAAGAACAAGAACUGAUGGGCAAAUUGGCCGCAACUGGAAAGCUUCCUGCUCGACCGGCCAGCUCUUUCUUGCAGAAAAAAUUACAACAGAGGAAGUUCUUCGAUUCUGGUGAUUACGCAAUGGACAAGUCGAAGGCUGGAACCGGAUUAGGAUCGAAGCCUCAUCCACUUGCAGGCGGCCCACAACCGCCAGCUCCACCUCCUGCUGCGAUUCAAAAGAGUCCGGCUCCUGCUACGUCACCAUCUCCAUCGGCUUCUCCGAUUUCGCAGCAGACCAAUCGUCCAAGUUCUGAGCGAAACAGUGAUGAUGACAAUUUGCAGAUCCCUCGUCCGGACACAGUUCCUCAGCGAAAAGCGUCGAUUAUCAACCCAAGUGUGCAUUGCAAGCUGAGUCCAGCGCCGCAUGUACAGCAUCACGAUGCUGCUUCACCAUCUGCCACAAACGAAUAA